AUCACUGCGCCAAACUGGCUCUUAAUUAAAUAAGAAGCUCGCUGCGGUUAAAGUCGCCAUUAUCCUUGCCCAGUAUUGGUUUAUUUUGAGAGGUUUAUCUCUGGCAUUCUUGACAGACUGACUCGUUUGGGGCUGCAAGGUGCCCCAUUCAAGCCAUGUUGAGGAUGGGCAGGGACCGGAGAUCACCCUUUGCUCAGUUUUAAUUUAAAUGUCUGAGGCUGCUCCCUCACCAAGGAUUCUGGGCAUUGUAAAAACAGUUAAUGCUUUCAACAGGGAUUUAAAAAAAAUGGAACAGUACAUUAAGAACCAGGAUGGGGAUGGGGGAUUGGUUUUACUGGCCAGCAUGUAUGGGGAAAGACAGACUAAAACAUCUGAGAACUUCAUAUUCCCUACCUAUUACAUCAUAAUCACUGUUGCCGUGUAUCGUUCUUAAUUAGUUAAUUACAGUUACAUCAUGUUACAUGGGAGCUUGCAGACUUCGUUAAACAAAGGCAAUGGGUGGACAUGCAGAUUAUGAAGCAUUAAUGGGAUUAUUUAAUGGUAUCAUGUCUGCAGUGCCUUGCACUUUCUUACCUUGUGCCCUAGUUUGUAUUUUAAUAUAUGGUUUAUUCUUUCCUAAAGUGACCUCUGCUGUAUAUGUUAAAACCUAUAAAAUGGGUUUUAUCGUUUGAUUUAUGCUUGCUGCAAAUCAAGGAAGCUCUUGGCAGCAGUAAAAAGAUAACUUGUGACAUUCUAAAUAGCUAGGCGAGCUGAAGAGUCUGAUUAAAAAGAAUGUUGGUCUGCCAAGUAGCCUUAGACAUCUGGAAAAGGGACUUUUAAAGGUAGGGAUCAUCACAAAAAAAAAGGGUCCAAUAUGUUUUUCAGCUUAAUAUAUCUGAAGGAACAGCAUGAAGAGUUUCUUUGGAAGAUUUCAAUUUCCAAAUAAGCAAACAAACAUCCUUCAUUUACCAAACCUCAGUUUUUUCAGACAACAUUGAGAGCUCCUUUCCAUGAGGAAUUUUAUGGGGUGUGGGGAAAGUUUUGAUACCUAGGAGCUGGGAAACUUAGAUGUAUAUGUUAUUGAUCUUUUGUUGUAUUCUACGUAGCCUAUUGUAUGCUUUUUUUUUUUUUCUAACCACAGGAUUAUUUUCCAUUCUGCUAUCUUUGUUUCAGUUUGCACAGUAGGAUUCAUUAAUUCAUAGCCAGGCCUCUUUAAAAUAUUUUGCUUCCCUAGACUGAUUUGAAAGUGGCAUUGUUCUGAUUGAUGUCAGACUGCUCAUUUGUAUUAAAGUGUGUGAAAUUAGUAUUGCAGAUAAGUCAUCUCAAAUGGCACUUUUUUUGCACAUGAGCCCAUUUAUGCUUAUGGAGCUCCUCCUGUCACAACUAAUCACAUGAAGAAAUCCUUAACGUUCCAGAGGGCCACUCCUAGGUUCUUAUUAACAUAUGCGCUAACAGUAAAAUUUGGUUAAAAUCCCCUUUUACAUUUCUGUGUUCUCAGUUAAUAUGUUGGCUGGUUAUUUGAUGUGGAACUAACAGAGAAAGCCAACAGUCGCAGAAAUAUAGGACUAUAGAGCAUUCAUUGUUUGUCUAAAGUUACAAAAUUAUUUGCAUAUAAGCAAGUUCUGUGCAUUGAAAGAUUUAGUAAUAUUUCUUAAAACAUGUUGAACCAAUGGAAUAUUCCUCCACUAUAAUAAGUAAUGCAUUUAUUUGCACAUGAUUUUCAUGUCCAUAUUAAAACGGAAGCAGACUGAGAGAUCCUAAGUUUUUGGCUAAAGUUGGUAGAUUCAGUAAUUUUAAUCACUAUAGAAUAAUAAUGAAAAAAAAGAUUUUAGCCUUAUUUUGAGAUUUAGUUUGAUAUACAAAUGUGCAUGUGUGUAACAAAGCUUUCAGGGCCUAUAAAUAUUUUAGAUGGAGCAUAGCAACUUUUUUAGUGUGGUACCACUAAAGUAUGUCACACCAUUGGUUCAGGCAAUCUGCAAUUAAGCUCUAGCAAUGGCAGUUUAAACUCAAAGUUAAUUCACAUUAUGACAGAGAUCCUUGUUACCUUUUUACAUACUUAUCAAGCAGAACUCAGUCUACAUGAGGACACUUAUGGUUUUGUCAGAAAAUACAAAAUAACUGCUGUAAUAACUUCUGGAAGCAACAGCAGAUCCAAAAGUCCAUGCAGAUUUUACUAAUAUAGCUUAUUUUUAAAGGAUGGGAUUAUAUUGCAUGGUAAGCAAAUCAAAGUUUCCUGAUUGUUUGGGCAUUAUUUCUUUAUUUAACAACAUGUCUAUUUUAUGUGUAAAUAGUAGUUGUUCUUCUUUCUUUUGUAGUUGGAAAGACCUCCUUAAUCACUAGAUUUAUGUAUGACAGUUUUGACAACACUUAUCAGGCAACUAUCGGAAUUGAUUUCCUUUCAAAGACUAUGUAUUUAGAAGACCGCACGAUCAGGCUGCAGCUGUGGGAUACAGCCGGCCAGGAGAGAUUCCGCAGCCUCAUUCCCAGCUACGUCCGGGACUCUGCUGCGGCUAUCAUUGUCUUUGACCUGACAAAUCUGAAUUCCUUCCAACAAACCUCCAAAUGGAUUGACGAUGUGCGAACAGAAAGAGGAAGUGAUGUCAUCAUCAUGCUGGUCGGCAAUAAAACUGACCUUGCAGAUAAAAGGCAGAUUACUACAGAAGAAGGUGAACAGAGAGCCAAAGAACUAAGCGUGAUGUUCAUUGAGACUAGCGCAAAGACGGGCUACAAUGUGAAGCAGCUUUUCCGUCGUGUUGCUGCUGCCCUGCCCGGGAUGGACAACGCUCCUGAGAAAAGCAAAGAUGACAUGAUUGACAUCAAAUUAGAGAAGCCUCCGGAGCAGCCUGUAACGGAGAACGGCUGCUCUUGUUAAAUGACCUACAGCGUGGCAGCCCCUUCCCGAUUAGCCAGUUCAGUCUCACUGAAGAGCACCACUUCUCAUUGACUACCGAAACACAACUUUCCAAGGGCUGAAAGCCCCGUUUGAUAGGCAACUGGAGUCAUCCUGUCUCCUCUCCCCGUCGUGUGGACAGCCCCAGCUGCUCCCAUUUACUGCAUGGUGUGAACCCUCAAACGCCUCCUGCCCUUUGCUGGUUGUUGCACUUUGGUGCUGCUGUGGCACUCUUUUGCUAGGUUUCCUUGCUGGGUUGUCCUCUGAAUGUGCAGGGGAGGAACUAUUUCCACCUUUAAAGAAAAAUACUGAUAAAAUUAUCAUAAAGAACUAAGUCAUUCUUCUCCCCCCCCCCUUUUUUCUUUUUUCUUACUUUUUUACCACUGCUUUUUAUUCAUUUCCAGAGGCUGUUCCUCUGUUUGAUUUGGCUAUGCCUUUGUUGAUAGCAAGGAGAAAUGUGUGUCCUCCUAUUUACUUUUCUGUUCUUCCUUCCCUAAGGGUGGUGCUAAGGAAGAAGGUAACACCUAAAAGAGGACUGACGCACAUUCUUCUCUCUCUUUCCAGAUUGUCUAAGUAUCUUUUAUUCCAGAUGGUCUCAUUUACUCCACCCCCACACCGUCCAUUGCUGAUAUGUAUAGAGAUGGUAGGCAGAACUGGACAGAUUGGGGUAGGGUUCUGAUUCUUAUGUGGGAAGCCUGGUUCCCGCAUAGUGAUGAGUUGGGAGUCUCCAAAUUGGAGGAUGAGUAUUCUCCAUUAGUUUAUUCCACUCCACUCUCCCCCUCUCUUGAUACACUCAGAAAGAUCCUGUUCUAGGUGAGUUAUGAAGUAGUUGGUACCUGGAUUAAGCAGGGACUUCUCUAGACUCAGGCCAAUGUCAGGAGCUGCUAUUUUUAUAUAAUUUAUCACUUAUGAAUUAUUUGAAAUAUGCAAAGUGCUUUACAACUGCCUUCACUUUUUGCUUCCUUCCUUGGUUUGGAAUUAUGUCUCUACAUCAGUCUUCUCCAACCUACAGAUGUGCUGAAGUACUGUACCUAUAAUCCCCAGCCACUAAGGCCCGGGAAUUGCAGUGCAAGGCAUUUGGAAAGUGUUAGGUUGGGGAAGCUUCCAUAAAUGGCUAUGAAUGUCACGCUCAGUCCUUGUCUCCCUGUUGGAAGCCCUCAUUUGAUUUCUGGGUCUUUUAAUCCACUACCUUAUCCUGGCCUUCAAAACACAGAUCUCUAGAUAAACAUGGAGUUGAUUGCUUUUAUUUAAUAUACCCUGGGAGAGAUGCUAAUUCUUGUCAGACAUCUGCUCGUUCUGCAAAGAAUAUUGUACGUAUUUGAAAAUUGUAGAGGUUUGUGUAGAUCUCUUGAUCUUCUGAUUUAGCACAGAAUUUAUUUUCAGGUAUCUCCUCUGUUACUGAGUGCAAGUUGCAUUAGCAUGCAAACUGACAUGGGAAGACAGGUAGAAGACGGCAUGAACUGGAUAAUGUUUUCUGAUGAUAUUUGGUACUUGAAUAACAUGCUUUGUUUGGUCUGUGGCCCUUCUUGUCUGAAUGUUAUCCUCCUCUAGAUCAGCCUUCCUGAAUUACAGCUCUCGUGUUCCUAAUCCAGAUGGCCACUGGCAGUAUAGGCUGAAGAUUGUGGGGAUUUGUAAUUUGAAACAAAGGAUUAUGGGAGUUGCCAUCUGACCCAUCUAAAAGGUGCUCUGGAGAAUAGCUCCUGUUGUGCUGGGCUUGCUUUUGAGCAUAGUUUCUGGAGAACUCUGUAUCCAUAAUUUUAUGGCUGGGUGAUAAGGUGAUACAAGUAUAUAACUCAUCUAGGUUGGGGAUGAUAAGGCUAUAUUAACCAAUUUCUUUGGACUUAGUUUGAGGUGAAAGGAUGGUCAAAAUACAGGGUGUGGUCUUUUGUGAUUUUUCUCAUCUUUUCUGCUUACUGUGAGCUCAGCUCACCUGGAGCCAAAAGAACUUUUAUCCUCUUCUGAAGGAAUUUUGGGGAUUAGAACCGGAAAGGGUUAUCUAAGGGGAGUUCUGCCUUUCAGCACAGCAUAAGCGUUUCUUUUUCCCCUGUCAGAGGAUUUCCUUGGUCUGUGCUGAAGAGCUUCUCUCACGGAGAGUCCUCCUGGUUCAACUUCUGGCGUGUGAUUCUCUCACAGGGGCUGAGUGCAAAAGAUUCAUUUUCUUCUUUUCUAUAAAACACCCUCCUUCUCCCUGGCCCCGCCCACUUGCCAACUCUUCUGCCACAGGAAACCACAUAAUGGGAAGCACUUUCCAUCAAACGUUGCUAAUCUUUAUUCAAGCAUUACUGCUGUAACAAAAAUAUCUGCAAGAUCCAUCAUAAAAUACUUGAGGAACGCUUGAAUUAAGUUUCUUGCUUGAGAUUCCAGGUUUUCCAUAUAGAUUACCCAAUAAGGUUUCAGUUGGUUACUGCUACAGUGAGUUUGUAGCUUUUUCUUAGCAUUUCGGUCUUCUGCUCGUACUCCCCAAUCUGGAAGCCUCAUGCAUAAAGGGGGACAACAGUCACGCACGUGCCAUACAGUAUAAUAUUUGCAUUAGACUUGUCUGCAUCACCCAGUUCCAGCACUCCAUCAUCUUGUUUUUGGAUUGGGAUGAUCAAAUACAGGUAUGCUGGCUGUUCUCACUGUUUCUCGCAUCUAGGAAUUGGUGCUUGUAGGGCCAGCCCCUUAGCCCUGGAACCAAGGCCUCCCAUUGUUUAAAAUCCCAGCUUUUUGCUGCCUUAUGAAGCAAAGGCUUCUGAACAGCAGUCUGUGGUCUUGAAAGCGGUAAGUGCAUUGAAUUAUUCCCAGUUCUUAAAGCACCAUUGACCCCUUUCAAUACUCGGCCACACCGAGUCCUCCUCCUGAGAGAAUCAUUCACUGCUGUGAUGCGCAAAGCCUCUCUGAUGUGUUCUCACACGUCUUUGAUCUGAACCCAGGCAGCCCAUGUCCUCUUUUCCUCUCCAGCAGAAUCAGCAAGCCUUACGAGCUUGGCUCCGUGAGUGUUGAACGUGAACACCUUUGCAAAGGCCUGUUCUCAACCUUUGUAGAUACUAUAUAUAGAUAUAGAGAGAGACAUACACUCCCUGUUGUGUGGGAAUUGCUGAUGUCCUGUCACGUGUCUGUUCCUUUCUCCGCAGCUCCCUUGGGGCUGUUGCUCUCCCUUUCUCUUCUGGCCACCCAGUCCUGCCACUGCUGUCGUGGUGUUCUUUGAAGACGCACUGGAAACUUGUCUCUCUGGAGAUUAGGGAUUUAAAAAAGGGGGGGGAAAAAGCAUAAAUGUUUGUGGGUCGGGAUGGCAGUUGGGGGAAGAACCUCGUGAGCGACACUGUUCACUUUCCCCUGCCUUCUCUGUGAUUGUGUAUAAUACUUGAGUGUGUGUCUCGGGCUCUGCUGUCUCCUAGCUGUUAGCCAACUAAGUGACUCUUGAUAUAUGAAUAUUGACUGUCAGACUGCAACUGUGUAUCACACUAAAUAAAUUCAGUUCACCACAGUUCCGGUGUCACUGUGAUGGUUUUUAGGGGAAACUCGGCAUCCUGUAUCACUCGCCUCUAGCUUUCGGUGAGAGAGAGUAAUACCUGGCGAACAGGUAUUAUAGGAGGAGAGCCUCGUUAGUCUGCGAUGGCAAGAAAUCAGGGGUAUAGUAGCACCUUUUCUCAUAUCUCAAAACUCAUUAAAAGGCUUAAGCCCAAUUUUCUGUCCCAGUUUUUUAUGGAAGCUAUAUGGAGAAAUGAAGGAAACCACCGAGCAUCUUACUUGGCCCCUUUCCUUCAAAGCUAGUCUGUAACCACAAGGACCAAAAACCUUUUAAAAUAUAGUUCAAGUGAAGAGAAGCGCU